AUGUCGGCCGCAAUACCCUCUGUCGCCUGCCUCGGCGUCAUCGGGCGCAACAACAACCCCCUACACAUCUCCAUCUUCCCUUCCUACGAUCCCGCUGCCAACACCUUCUCGCCGAUCCGGAACCCUCUGCAAUUCUCCCUUCUGCUGUCCUCGACAAUCGACGUCUUCGACUUGCGAUCCAAAAGCAGCACAGCGUCGGGCGACUUUGGGCUUCUGCACGCCAUCGACGACCGCCUCGCGGCGUAUGGCUUCGAGACCAACACAGGCGUGCGGAUGGUCUGCAUAGUGGACAUGCGCGGACGACGCGUCGAGGCAGGUGGCAGCGGCGUCGCAGGGCAGGGCAGUGGCGCGGCGGGAGCAUCGACCGUGGGCGCGGGAUUGCGGGACUCAGAGCUGAAGCCGGUGUUUAGGGCGAUGCAGAGCGCGUAUGUGCGACUGCUGCAGAACCCAUUUUACGAUCCGGACGAGCAUGCGCCGCUGGGCGGGAAGGGCGGGAGGAGGAUCACUAGCAAGAAGUUUGGGGAUGACAUGAAGAGGAUAGGGGAGGCAUGGACGCCGGGAGUGACGACUCUGUGA